GCAUCAAAACUUGUAAAAAUGGGUUUUGAAUGGCAUAAAAAAUAAGAGAAUGUGUAACAAUAAAAUGUUGAAUUUUUACUCAUGUUGAUGUUGUGAAUGUUUUUUAGGGAGUAUUUCGUAUUUUUAAUAUUUUUGUCUUUAAAUAUUUUGUAGUAUCUCUCGACUGGAAAUAAUGGUUAUCGCGCCUUAAUAGACGCGCGUCUAAAUGGGCGGCGUUGUUAAUAAUUUUAUUUACCACAACGUAAAUACUUUUUAAAAAAUUAAAAAAAUGGCCUCUCGAACUGUUGAACACAACAUUAAAAAUUUAUUUUUCUUUAUACGAUUAGCAGACAAAAAUCAAGCCAUUCUUGAAUACAAAAAAUUGCCUAAUCAAAUUUUAGAAUUGUAUCAUACAGAAGUUCCAAAAGAGUUUGGAGGGAAAGGAAUUGCUAAAGAUUUAGUUAAAGGAGCAUUUCGUUAUUGUAUUGAUAAUAAUUACAAAAUUUAUCCAACUUGCUCUUAUGUACAAAAAUAUAGUAAAGAUUUGGCAACUGAAGAAGAAAAGAAAAUUGUUGUCGCUGAAUUAAAAUAG